AGUCUCCGAAGAAAAGGGCCCACGUCAGUCAAGAGGCUCGCGCUAACUCGUGCGGGUGACUGCCACAUCCCUGGCGCAGGAAAAUGCAUUCUUUUGUUGUUGGCGGAGACGGUCCCCUUCCGCAGCUCCCGGGCCAAGGCUAGCUAACAACCAGGAGAAACAGAGUGGAAAAUGCAAAACAACGAAAUUAUUAAACCGGCCAAAUACUUCUCCGAGCUGGAGAAGAGCAUCUUGCUUGCUUUAGUGGAGAAGUACAAGUAUGUGCUGGAGUGUAAGAAAAGCGAUGCGCGGACUAUCGCCCUCAAGCAGCGCACCUGGCAGGCGCUGGCGCACGAGUACAACUCCCAGCCCAGCGUGUCGCUGCGGGAUUUCAAACAGCUCAAGAAGUGCUGGGAGAACAUCAAGGCUCGGACCAAAAAAAUUAUGGCGCACGAGAGAAGGGAGAAAGUGAAGCGCAGCGGGAGCCCCCUGCUGAGUAACCAGGUCCUGGGCAAGGAGAAGAUCAGCAGCAUGCUGCCAGAGCAACUGUACUUCCUGCAGAGCCCGCCUGACGAGGAGCCGGAAUACCACCAGGACGCAGCUGCUCAAGAAUCCUUUGCUGCUUCCAAUAGAGAACUGUGCGAUGGAGAGAAAGAGUUCGUCCAUUUUCCAGUGUGUGAGGGGACCUCGCAGCCGGAACCUUCAUGUUCGGCCGUCAGAAUCACAGCCAAUAAGAACUACAGGAGCAAAACCACUCAGGAAGGUGCUUUAAAGAAGAUGCACGAGGAGGAGCACCACCAGCAAAUGUCCAUCCUCCAGCUCCAGCUGAUCCAGAUGAACGAGGUGCACGUGGCCAAAAUCCAGCAGAUAGAGCGCGAGUGCGAGAUGGCGGAGGAGGAGCACAGGAUCAAGAUGGAAGUCCUCAACAAGAAGAAGAUGUACUGGGAAAGGAAACUACAAACUUUUACCAAGGAGUGGCCCGUUUCCUCAUUUAACCGGCCCUUUCCCAAUUCACCCUAAGACUGGGGGAUGGCUCCCCUGUAGUUACUGUGUGUUGGCAAAGCAAGUUUGGGAUGGGACUUUGGCGGUCGGUAGCCUGUAACGGAGCUAUGCCUAGGAAAAUUAGAGUGGUGGUAGUCAGUUAUUUAAGAAAUCAUUCAGGUAAACAGCUGCGUCCCAUGUACCCCUCACGUGGCCAAGAAGCUGGUCCAGUCUCUGAAGAUCACCACUGUGCGUGCUAGAACUCACUGAACGUCACGUUUCUUAAUUAGAAUUCGUAGAAGAACCAUGUGUGAGUGCUGUAUUUUCUUUUCUUUCUUUUUCUUUUUUUUUUUUUUUUUAACGAAAUGCAAGUGUGAUGAAAAAGGAGUUUGGCUGGUGAUUUUUACUUUAUUUUUUAGUUUGUUUUUUCAGCUGACAGUGGAGCUUUUGAGCCCAGAUUGCUGGGCAGCCCCCCCUCCGCCACUGUUGAGGCUGCCCUGCGGGCUGUUUCUCCACCUUUUGGGUGUCACUCUCCGAGUGAAGAUGUCCAGGAAGCCCAGCCUUUGGAAGGGCAUUUCCUAACAGGGCUCACAACUGCCUUUUAAGGCUUUUCCCAAAGAGGCUUUCCAAGGAGUGUCUCUCACAGUGGUGGUUUUAGUAGAAGUAGGGAUAGAACAACUUUGAGGGAUUAAUGUUCAGUUAGGUUCCUACAUCCUGUUUGUUUUAUUAAAAACGUCUUAAAAUGUUACAGUACCACUGUGUAUGUUUUUAAAGGUGCUGCCAGCCCAGCCCAGACCUUCCUCCCAUCCUGACUUUUUACUACUGAAUGAAUGAAUGGUUGUGCAUGAGUCGUUGCCCUGACUUUUGUCUCUGGCCUCCUUAGGAAAGGCCUGCUCUCGCUGUGCUCAUCAAGGCCUUAGCUGGUGGUGAUGCUGUGUUGCUGGGGUUGCACAUCAGCCAGGAUGAGGCUUUGUAAGGAUCUGUUACCAACAUAUUUGGAGAUAUGAAUGGAUAAAUGGUGUUUUGAUUGAGCUGUGAGGUUUCUGCUAUAGCCUAGUGUUAAAAAAAAAAAGCAGAAUGAUCCUUUAGAUCCUUUAGAGUUUGGGGCUGUGGUAGCUGGAAGCUGCAGAGUGACGCUUCAGUGCCCAGGCAGGUGAGCGUUUUCUUGGAAUGAGAACUGGUGUUGGGUGGGGGGUGGUAGCCUUCAGGACUGGUGUGUUAAGUGUGGCUCUGUGUGAGGGUGCUGUGUGACUCUGGCCAACUCCCUAAAACCUUGACCUGGUGCUUCCUGUCCACAGAACAAGGGAGUUUAUCUAUAUCAUGUGUGGAGCCCAUUUCAGCUCUUUAGCCAUGGUGUGGCUUGUGACACCCUGUGUGCAUACGGCUGACAUCAUGGCAGCCUGGAGGGUGUGGGGCUACACAGGGCUGUAUCCAGACGUGGCCAAGCUUUGGAACUUGGGGCCUGGGGCCUGUAAGGAUUUGUGAGGUUCUCCCAGACUCACAAUCUGUGCACUGCAUAUAACAUAAGCAGGUAUCAAUUUUGUACAUUGAAUCUAUUUUAAAUAUUUUAGAGGAAUUAGUCCAUUAUUUUAGAUAUAUCCUGAAACGAGGGACUAGAAGUAGGAUCCUUUCAUGAGGGUUUUCUGUUCUUAGUUUUUAUUAAAUGGAUCCUCCAGAGAAUGAAGGGUUUUAAAGUCUCGAGUUCAGAUGGUGUGUGGAGGAUAGGAAUCGACUCCCUGUGUCCCCCUUCAGGAUCAGGACAGGGAUGGAAAGGUCUAAACACAGAUGUAAGAUAAAGAGGGUUGCCUUUGCUUCCCCUACUGAUCUAUCAAAACAUCUUAUUAAGAUGCACAUCCCAGAGUGAGGCGUGAGAUUCUUCCUGCUCUUUGUGUAGGUCCCAGGUUAUUCCUGAUCUGACGGUCUGCUCAGCACAUCUCUGAAUGCCCAGACUUAAAGGGACCUCCAGAAGCUUUGCAUCUUUUGCAUACAGUGAUGUGGUGGUUAUGCUUUUCUAAGAAUUUAUGACUUAAACUCACAAACAGCAGCAUAGAUUAACAAAAAACUUCCCCACACCAUAGUCCAUUUUAAUUGGACUAUAAAAGCACUGAACUAAUUCCUGACUGAACAAAUGCAGGAUAAUUAAGCCAGAGCCUAAAGCCCCUUGCUGUACUGCUAAUGGUAUUUAUGAGUGUGCAGUAGUGGUCUGCAAUAUUUGACUAUGUGCUCGAAAUAAUAUUUUAUAAUUAAUUAGCCCCACUGGGUCUCCCUUCCAGAGGUUCUGAGUCAGUUGAUAAUGGGUGGGGCCUGAUAUUCAGUAUUUUGGGGACCUUUAUAAGUGAUUAUGAUGCAUCGUUGAGAUUGAGAACCACUUUGUGCAGAGUUCACAAUUACAUAUCUGUUGAUUCUUAAUUCCACAAAGCCAUGAUGAAGUCAGGAAUUGAUGCUUAGAGAACCCAUCUGGCACCAGGCCUGAAGCUAGUAAAUAGCAAAAGAGAACUUCAGACAGGGUCUCUUGGUUCUGAAACACACAGCCCCACCUGCUGUCUGUACCCUUUCUCUCGCAGCUGUAUCAAGGAUUUGUUUUAUGACGAGACUUGGAUAAUGUUACAGAGUGCUUGCUGAAGCAUCUUCAUUCGUGAGCAAACACAGCACAUCCCAAUUCAUUUUGCUUUUAAGCCCGUUAUUACUUGAGGUGGAAAUGCAAUAAUCAUUUCUUGACAGGAAUUGUGGGAUAGAUACAUAUGAGAAAAUAUUAAGAUAUGAUUGAACAUCAUGGACGUUGCCCAGGUGUCGGGGAGGGCUGGUACCCAGUGGACUGUGGACUUAACUGGUACACAUUGUCAAAAUGCUUUUUCAGAGAAUGGAAAACCAGGAAAAGCGCGGAAAGGAGUCGUAGAAGGGUGGUAUUUGAAUUGAGGCUUUCGAGCUGACAUUUUGGUAGGUGAUUUGGAAUGCAGAGCACAUCACUCAAUGACACGUAGACGGGAGAGAGAAGAGUGAGGGAGAGGGGGAUUUUCAGAUUGGAUCAAAGCUGUGCACCAGGAGGAAAAUUAGAAGAUGGAACUGAGACAAGAGGAGACUGAAGUUGGGGCUUACAAGUAGGCGGGCUUGGCUUUGCUUAGGUGAGGUGUCAGGACCAGGGGAAGGUGGGGAAAUGGAGACCAGUGUGAAGGGUAGAGGCAGACUUGGUGAUGGUUUUUGUUAGAGAGGAGUGGAAGAUGUUCAGAGCUAGACUCAUGAGGGAAUACUGGUGAGUGACACGAAGGGACGAUGCAAAUGUCCUCUAGGACCAUGCAACUUAUCGUAGAGGAGCCUAGGUACAAACACUGGCACUUGUUCUCAGGUCUUUGGCUGUCAUAUCUCUGCCGUGACUUUUCUCCUCUUAUCCUUGUUCCUUCCACCUGGUCCUUGGAUACCUGACUCAUUUGGCACUGCCUCUGUCACCAAUAUCCCCAUUGCCACUAGAGGCCUCUCAUUUGAUAUCUCUUACAGCAGGUUUUUUGUUUGUUUAUUUGUUUGUUUUUUGUGGUGGCCUCCAGUUUUUCUCUAGAUAGUUGGCACCCACCAAUUUGAGGUGUUUUGUUUAUUUUGUUUCAUUUUGUUUUUUAUGUCCCAUGUUGAAUAGAGAAAUCCUGGCUGGAAAAGGUUGGUGACCUCCAUGUAUUAAUAUCACACUUCUUUAAAAAAAAAAAAAUCAAAGAUGGCAUCCUACCCAGUGGGUCCAUAAUUUAGGACUGUUUCAAGGGUUUUGCCAGGACAAUCUCUAAGUGCAUUUUCUUUUGUUUCACUUCCGAAGAGACUGGAAGGCAGAGAUGACACAGAGGAGAGUACAUUUGAGUUGUCAACAGUCUCUGCCGUGUCAGGUCAAUUACAUCAGCACUUGGUUUAGGCCAGAGGAAAGGAAUGAUUGUGCCUCCUGGGAAUGUCACAAGGACCUGAUAAUUAUAUUUGGCAAAGCUAUGAGGAGUGGCUCUGUAAUGUCAUUGCUGAGAAUUGCCCUUUUAGUAGCAUUUCGGGAUGCCUGAGCUUUUCAGGGGGAUGGCACUUCAUUUCUGUGUGCCAUCCUUCCUGCUGGGCUCUUUCCCAGGCGGUCCUCCUACUCCUCCCUUCCCUGUUUCCUUAUGUUUGUAUUUUCUCCUCUCCUCUCCCCAACCCCGUUUCUCCAGCCCCUUCUGCCCCACCACAGCUUCCACUCUCCCAAGCUUCAGGUGGAAGGUAUAAGGAUGCUUGUUCCUUGGAUGCUUGGAGCAUGGCUUGUUCAGCCCCUGAGGCAGCCUUGGUCCAUGUUUCAGUGACUUGCUUCCAUGCUACAGUUGCUACCUUUUGUGUUCGUGGGACUCAAAAGUCAUGGGAAAGGUGACCAGGAACCUGUGACAGCAGCAGAUGCUUUCCCAAUUGUGCCAUACUAUUAUGCUCUUCUACAGAGUUUACUAAUCUCUGCCUCAGUUUCUCCAUCCGUGAAAGUGAUGUAAUACUUAUCUACCUCCCUUGGAUGUUGUGAAGAUUAGUAUGUGUUGGUAAAGCACUUUUGAAAUAAAGA